AUGCCUGUCUAUGCCAAAUGGUGCCUGGGCAAUGGGAACGGUAGCAUUCGUCAUGCAGCCCUUCGGCGACGUGUGCAGCCCUCAGCGACGGCCUCUGGUGCAUCCUGCACCCAUUCUACUAUCAUAGUGGGCGACUAUAUGCCUCUAUUGGGUAUAGCUACCGCUGCCAGCCCUCAGCUGAACCGGCCAUAUCUCCACACUGGUAUUUUGGGAUGCAGGAACCAACGUUCGUCUGGUAUGGAUUUACUCCCCGAACGAAGAGCUGGCAGUAAUUUCCUGACGGGGAAAACGCUCGCAGACCUUAUUCACCCACACAGCAAACAAUGUACGCCUCGAAGCUUGACUCCCGAUCCUUAUCCAAUACAUCUUGCAUGCUCUCACACGUUCCUUCGGCUUCUCGGUCACUCGGCAUUGGGAAAUACGCCAUGUUCGGAUGGCCCCAAGGACAGCCACGAGCGAGCAGGCAUUGCGGCAGACCAGGAGACCGGGAAUAACUGACCAGCAGCAAGCACAUGGCAACAAUAACCCCUGAGGAUAUGGCUGGAC